AUGGGAGUCCCCGACGAGCCUUUGAUGAUGGUGACACCCGAAUUCGACCUGAUCUCGCUUGGAUUGGUGGAUGCCGAUAAGAUCCCCAAGUACGAGCUGACCGUGGAGGACGGGAGGCGGCUGGCGAAGGAGUACAACAGGGUUUUGAUGAGGAAGCACAAGGCGAGGCAGGCCGCGGAGACGAAUCUGUUGAGGAUGAAGAAGGAGGCGAUCGAAGCAUUGCUGGAGAAGUUGAAGCAGGCUGCUCUGGUACCAGACUUGACGUCAUUUCCUAAAGAGAGAUUCAUAGCGACAUUGACACCUCCGAUUGAGGGUUAUAUCGACAAGGUGAAGGAGGCUGCUAUGAGGAGUUCUGGUGCCCAGAAGAUUAGAUAG